AAUAGAAAUCGACGAACUAGUCUAUUAUUGUUUCGAAGCAUUAGCUCAAUUCGAAAUUUAUCGUAGCUACGUGUAUAAUGAUUAAAAUCAUUGCGAGAAUCAGAAACAACAAACAUUAACAAAAAAUUGAUACUUUUCUGGAUUGUUUCAUUAACUUGCGAAGAAUUUGGUGUAAUUUUCAUUUACGAUUUAUUAACGGUUCACAGUAAAACUUUGCACUUUUAUGUCAAUAUGGCAGCUGGCAUAAAUGUAUCCGAUGCACUCAAACUAAUCGGUGAAUCUCCGGAUAUUUUAAACAAUAAAAAUAUUAAUUACGUAGCAUUAAUAAUUCCUACAGAAAAAUUAAGAAAUUCAGAACGUUGUUUAGAAAUAUUAUGUAAAAGUAAUCCUAGAAUUAUUUUUUAUCUGAUAGAGGACGGUGAUGAGUAUAUUCCUUGCACUGAAUUUUCACAGACAUUGCCGAAUAAACACUAUCAAUUGACAUUUUAUCAGUUAAGCGUGGAAAAUGAAAUUAAAAUGAAUGAUACAAUUUACGUAACCGAUGUAACAGAAGAUGAUGGUGUUCGUGCAUUUUCGAUUCGGAUUGAUUGGUUUGAUGUGGUUGAUGAUCCGUACAUUUACAUAUUGUUGAAAAUACAGGAAGUAAAAUCAUCUGCGGAAAUAGAUAUUCAAAAAAAUGAAAUGUCAGCGAAAUUUCUCUCUCUAUAUGAGGAAAAAAAAUUAACUGAUUUCAAAAUAAUCUGCAAAGAUCAACAAUUUUGCGUACAUAAAAUAAUUCUCAUGUAUCAGUCCGAUGUUUUUCAAGCAAUGUUAGAAAAUUUAAUGAAAAAAUCUCGAGAAAAUGUACUUGUAAUAAGUGAUUUUGAACCAAAAAUUGUAGAAGCAAUGAUUCGUUAUCUAUAUUCCGAUGAAAUGACCGAAAAACUAUCUGAAAACGAAUUUGAAGAAUUAUUGUUAAUUGCAAAUAAGUAUAAUUUGGAGAAAUUGCAAAAAAUUUGCUUCAACGAGCUUUUGAAAGUAAUAAAAACUUUUAAGCAAGCUGCUGAUUUAAUUAUUUUUACUGCACUUCAAAAUUUUAUUGAUAUGAAAGACUUGGUAAUUGAAUAUAUGAAAGAAAAUAAAAAUACUUUGAUGUAAAAAAAUUCUUCGUUCAAUGUAAGCGAUAACACAAUUUUACGUUAAAACCUAAAAAGUUUUCUGUUUUAUUUAUUGUUUAAAAUUAUUAUCCUAUCGGUUGAACCGAAAAAUUAUCAUGUAAAAAUCUUGAUUGUAUGAUUUAAUAAAAUUACAUUGUAUAUUUACAAAAU